UUUUGGUCGCGGGUCGCCCAACUCUUCGUUUCUUCCUCUCAUCACGACCGACCCUCGUUCUCGUUUUCGCAGGGCAUGAAGGCCGAGUGGCUGUUGAGUCUGAGCGUCGAACAAAUGUCGCGGUUGAAAGCCCUUGAACAACUGGGUGUGAGCCAGGCCAUGCUCGAAGAAGACCGUGGCCGAAUUCUAGGGAAUCUAGGAAUCCCACGCUGGGGAAACCCGGGAGACUCUAUGGUCGAUACUGAACAGGACUCCAGCACCAGCACCUGUGGACCCAUUUUCCGAAAGCGCCAACACAUCGAAGCGACCGCGAAGAGGUGGGGCUUGGCGCAGCCCACCCGUCAGAUGGAGGUGGAAGUGGCCAAACUUGAGGACGAAUGCUUGUCUCAACAUUUGAGGAUCCAACAACUCGAGCUCGAGGUGCGCAGUGCUCAAGGCCCACCCAAGUGAUGAGGAGAUUUUAUCUCGGCACGCGGCGAAUUGUUGUAUCAGGCACCCACAACCGUGUGUUUUGUUUGUGGUGAAUCGAUAUGUACGGCCGAGUAUGACGGUUUGUACACUUUCGAAACGGGCAAGGAAUUCACCCCUUUCGCGCCACUGACCCGCGUUGUCCAUGUCAUUUUCUCCGUUAGGCGCCCAAACAAGGCCAUCUCUAAGGUUUGAGCCAUGGUGAAUGUUGAUGCAUGCUA